AAAACCCUCAAUACAGCGAACAGCUGAUUUGGAUAAGUUUGUUUUCUUUUUUUAAGGCCGCAAUUCCCCUUAUCUUUAAAUGCUUAGACGCACAAUGGCCGAAUUUGACGUAAAAGCAGGCCUGCAGCACGUGUUGAAGCGCAUUGAUGAGGUGCUCCUGCAGCGUCCAAAGGAAAUACAAUCGGCAAAGCCCUUGCUGGUGGCUGUAAGCAAAACAAAGCCUGCGGAAGCUGUUAUCGAGGCUUAUGAAGCCGGACAAAGGGACUUUGGCGAGAACUAUGUGCAGGAGCUGGAGGAGAAGAGCCGGCAUCCGGACAUCCUAGCCAAGUGUCCCGACAUCAGGUGGCAUUUUAUAGGUCACAUGCAGAGCAAUAAGAUCAACAAGGUGCUAUCGGUCCCCAAUCUGCGUAUGAUCCAAACCGUGGAAAGCGAAAAACUGGCCAACAAGCUGGAUGCAGCCUGGUCCAAGCAGCUGCCACCUCCUGAGCAGCCCCUACAGGUGCUCAUCCAGAUCAAUACCAGCGGAGAAGAUGUCAAGAGCGGAAUCGAGGCCAAGGAUGCGCCUGCUCUUUACCAGUACAUCAGGAACAACCUGAAGCACCUGCAGCUGCUGGGCAUCAUGACCAUCGGAGCCUUUGGCUUUGACUACAGCACUGGGCCCAAUCCGGAUUUUGUGUCGCUGAUGCAGGUGCAUCGUUCCAUCUGCGAGGCGCACUCCUUGCCCGCAGACUCGGUGCUCGUCUCCAUGGGCAUGUCCAACGACUACGACAAGGCGAUUGAAAUGGGCAGCACGGUGGUGCGCGUUGGCUCAUCUAUUUUCGGCCAUCGGGCGGCCAAGGCGUGAGGAGAUGGGGCCGGAAUGCGUUGUGGACGCCGAAUACAGUUGUUUCCCAAUGACGUCCGACCAAUCGACCGACCUCCCUUGUAUGUGAGCAGCCUCCAAGUUCGCCGUGUAUCAGGUGGAGACUUCUAAUGUUGUGUAUACCCAGAGAAACGCACAUAGUAAAUCCGUAAAUGAUGAUUUGGCGUUUAAAUUUAGAAACUCAUGAGAUAAACAAAUGUUAUGUGUAGGCUGUUAUUAUUAUGUAUGUAUGUAUAUUCCCCUCUUCGAUUGUUAACCUCUCUCCAUAAACAAAGCUUCCAAAGUGUCAGAGGCCCAUUAAUUAUUCCCAGAUACUUGCUGCACCUUGGAAAAACUGAAUACUCUUA